AGCUACCACCCAAACAUUGGGUUGUUUUCUCGUUGUUUGGGCGGUUUGACGGGUUCGGUGCAGGUCCUCUCCUGGUGUCUGGACGGUCUGAACUAGCGUCUUGCGCUCUGAACUUUGGACGCUACAAGAAGUCGCGAGACGCGGCAACGAUCUGACGUAGCUGAACACGGACGUCUUUUCGAAUGGAGCAGUCCACGGAGCAGGGGGAACGAGCUGCACCGUUGCGAGAGACCAGCCGCAUGUUGAAAGCCACUGAGGACAUUCUUUUCAGAUGCUGUUUUUGCACCCAUGUCACCGCAGAUCCGCGUGGGCUCGCUAGCCACCUUCUUGCCCAUGGAGACGAAGAAAAACCCAAGGGCCAGCAUUGUUUUUCAGUCCUUAGAUCUAGGUCCAUAUUGAGCAGUCCUGUUGUGAUCGAUGGACCUGGUACGUCAUUGAACUGUCCUAGCACCAUGGAUGCGCCCGAAACCUUCACCCAGCUUGUAUACAUUCCAAUUCACAUGGCUGAAAAACUCUAUAAGUGUGAGCUGUGCCCCCAAAUUUUCAGAAGACUUGAAUUUUUGACAAUUCAUUUUAGAGAGCACACAGGUGAAAAACCGUACAAGUGCAAGCGUUGUCCCGAAAGGUUUUCGUCUAGUCAUAGCUUUGCUAACCACACUCGAACGCACAUAAAUGAAAGACCUUACAAAUGCGAGUUAUGCCCUGAAAGCUUUGUUUAUCCUAGGAACUUGACAAGGCACAUUCAAACACACACUGGUGAAAAACCUUACAAGUGCAAGCAAUGCCCUAAAGCCUUUGCUCGGAGGGAUACUCUUAAUGACCAUAUGCAGAUGCAUGAAAGUGGAAAACGCUACAAGUGUGAGCAUUGUGCUGAAACUUUUCUUCGGAGAUCCAUUCUUAUCGGGCACAUACUAUUGCACAGGGAUGAAAACCCUUACAAGUGCAAGCUAUGCCCUAAGGUCUUUAAUUGCCAUGGAACACUGACUAAGCACAUUCAAAAACACACUGGUGAAAAACCUUUCAAGUGCAAGCUGUGUCCCAAAACCUUCGAUGGAAGCUUUAACCUGAAGUGCCACGUUCGAACACACACGGGUGAAAAACCUUACCAGUGCGAGCAUUGUCCUCGUGCCUUUGCUUAUAAGAACAGUUUGAUUAUGCACAGUGAAACACACACUGGUGAAAUGCCAUACAAACGCAAGCAGGGCCCUGAGGCGUUCACUCGGCUUGAGGUGUUGACCAAUCACAUUGAAUUGCACGAGGAUGACAAGCCUAAUCAGUGCCCCAUAUCCUUUGCUCAGAGCGAUUCGCUUGAUGGCGAUGUUCAGACAUUUAACCAUAAAAUAUGUUACAAGUGCGAGCAUUGUCCUAAAGUUUUUGCUUGGAAACAUGCUCUUGUCAACCAUGUUCGAACACACACAGGUGAAAAACCUUACAAGUGCAAGCAGUGCCCUAAAGUCUUUGCCCGGAGUGAUACUCUCAGUAACCACAUGCAGACGCAUAAAAGUGAAAAACGCUACAAGUGUGAGCAUUGUGCCAAAACCUUUGUUCGGAAAUCCUAUCUUAUCCGCCACAUACUAUUGCACAGGGAUGAUAACCCUUACAAGUGCAAGCAUUGUCCCAAAGUCUUUGCUUGGAAACAUGGUCUUGUCAGGCAUGUUCGAAAACACGCAGGUGAAAAACCUUACAUGUGCAAGCAAUGCCCUGAAGCCUUUACUCGGAGUGAUACUCUUAGUGACCACAUGCAGACAACACAUGCAUGCAAAUAAAAGUGAAAAACGCUACAAGUGUGAGCAUUGUGCCAAAACUUUUGUUCGGAGAUAUGGUCUUAUUAGUCACGUGCAAGAAAAGCACACUGGUUAAAUUUCUCACAAUUGCAAAGCAGGCCCAAGUUCUUUGGAAUGUUUAUCGAAUCCAUCACUCGAGCAUGUGUGUUACAAUUGCUGGCCAUCUCGGAACAAUUAUUGAUUUGUCUUGCUUCAGCAGGCAUGUGUAAACAUGUAAACAUCACAAAUGAUAAAAAAAUUUGUUUAAAUGAUCUAGAUAUGACAAAUUUUUUAAAACUGUUUUUCUACAGGAAAAAAAUAUUUUUUCCCACAAUGUUUAUGCUGUUAGACAUAAUUUGGAUGGAGAUCACUGCCUGCUCUAAGCCCUGCCCACAGAAAAACGGUCCCACCCAUUACUAGAGUGUCUUGGCUGUUCGGCCGUACAUGCUCGCAAGCCUAGGCUCCCUGAGACGCCGUCCGGUGCAUCUGGUCUGGCAUCUGACGCUGCCUGCUAGUCGUGCGGGCAGACGAGUGGCAGCCUCCGGCAUUGUUUGGUAAUCUACCACCGUUUAUCAUUGUCUGCA